CUCUCUUGUUUCCCACCGUCCUGCUCCGCUUGCGCAAAGCGAAAGUAGCAUCGGAAAGUCUCAGGCAGCUCCUGCUCUGUUCACGCUUCACUUCACAACGUGUCAGCAACGGAGAGGGGAGGGAGGAGACGAGAGAGAGAGUGAGGGGGCGAGGGAAACCCGAACCCAUGACUUCCGCGUAUUUUCCUCUCUCUGGUCUCGCAUCUCAAGCCACCCUGAGUGGUAUAAAAAUACCUGGGUUAUGCUGCUUCAUUUCAAACUCAGAGCAGGAACUUAAUAGCCUCUAUGCAGCCCAAUCCAGUUCGAUUUGGAUAUUAAAGAAUUUACCGGUAAACCGAAGUCCUAACGUGGUUAGCCAACGUCCGAAGAAGGAUUUUACAUGUUUUGGGGUCCUCUUGUUUUCUUGAAGUGGACAGUUCUUCUGACCGACUCGUAAAACGGAUAAUUCUGUAGAGCUUCUGGGAUCGACACACUCACCCACUCCAGUUUUCUUCUGGAACUCUGUGUGAUCACCGGGAACCCGAUAUGGAUGUGGAAUCUCAGAAGAGCGCACGCCCCCGUGGACGGUGCCUGGACGUUUUCUUGGUCGGUUCUGUCGUUUUGCUCUUCCUGACGGUGGCGACAGUUGUUGUCAUGGGAACUUUGGCUCUUGUGGAGCUACGGUCAGAGAUCGGGGUUAAACCUUAUGUUGUGGAUAUGCAAGGUACAUCGGAGACGCACCAUGCUGUGCCCCGUUCCACGCCCGCGUACAAGAUGCAGAACUUGGCCUACGUGCAACUCACCUCCGCCACGAUGGAGAACAGGACAAUGUCUUGGUCCCAGGUCGAACAUGGACUGGAGUCCUCUGUUGGAGAUCUGUACAAAUACAACCUUCAGCAACAUACAUUACAAACCAAGCAGGAUGGCUUCUACUUCCUGUACCUGGACCUUCAGCUCACCUGUACCGCCAAAUGUGGGCGGGGCAUCCUCGUCGUCCAGCUUGCAAGUCACGGUGACGAAAAGCUCACCUGCCAGGUGGAGCUCCCAGAGUGGUCAGAGUCAAACCCUGUGACAACGGUAACCAGGAAGUGCUGGAAGGUGACACGACUGGACUCAAAGAGCCGGUUAAUGGGCCGUAUGGUGGUGCCGAAAGCGCAGGACACGUUCUGGAAACUGGACGGGAACGGAUCCGGAAUGGGAGUUUUCUUAGUGGCUUGAUAUGGGCCACGUUCAGUACGUUCACCUUUGUGAAACUUUGCAGAUAGAGAUGCCGUGAACGGAGCCGACGUUAUUCCUCCGUUAAGAUGUCGCGGAGGCAUAAAGUUCUACAUUGCUACUAUCUGAACAUUCCCGAAACGUUGCGUCCUACUGAACGCACCCCUGGGAUGGAAGUUAGGGCUCCGCCACAGACGAAGGGAAGGAGACGAGAAAAGGAAGCGAGCCAAGGGUACUGAGAUGCACCCCAUCUAGGAGAACUUGCAGACAGAGAGAGUCGUCCCACCAUGCACUGUUUGUGGACUUUGACCUCUGUCGCUCAGGGCAUCUCCAUGAAAACAAUUUAAACUAAACAAUUCAGGUCUAUUUAUAUGGAUAUUUAUUGAAUGUAUAUAUAUUUAAUGUAUAAACAUGUGUAUUUAUAUAUUUGUACUCAGGGUUACAAUGUGUUGUUUAUUGUCAUGUGUAGAUGCCACUACGUUGGUGCUGGUGUGUUUGAGGGGAGAAUUGUGA